AUGACGACAAAAAAUGAAUUGGCAACAGUUAAUGUGCGAUGUACUCCCGAUAAUAAGUAUAUUAUUGCUGGUGUCUUGAAUAAUAAAAGAGCACGUUUUGAUAUCGAAACAAAAAGUAAUGAUUUGGAAGUUCAAAGAACACCUCUCAAUAUUGCUCUCAUUCUCGAUCGUAGUGGUUCGAUGAAAAGUGAUAACAAAUUAACUUUUGCAAAGCGAGCGAUCUGUUCUGUACUCAAUCUACUCCACGAUGACGAUAUUGUACAUUUGGUUGCCUACGAUACGAAUAUCUCUAUUAUAUUUGAAAAUGCUCGAGCAUCUACUCGUCAAUUUCUUCAUUCGCUUGUUGAUCAUAUUGUCACAGAUGGUUCGACUAAUCUUUCUGGUGGUAUCGAAAUAGGAGCCAGUUUACUUGAUAAAUAUUCAUACUCGGGAUUUUCAAGGCGUAUGUUCAUUUUUUCCGAUGGGCAAGCUAAUAUUGGAUUGAAAACAAGAGCUGAACUGACAAAUUUAGUUGCCGGAUACAAUAAAAAAGGAAUCAUCACCGAUUCAUUUGGAAUUGGUGCAGAUUUUGAUGCCGAAAUCAUGAAAGGUAUUGCUGACACUGGCGGUGCUAAAUUUUUCUUUCUUGAAUCUGCUCAAGUGAUCGAACCAUUGGUAACAAAGGCUCUAAUGAGCGUGUUUAAAGUGUGUGGAUCUCAGACUCGCCUUAUUUUACGCGGUAAAAAUGGUGCCAUUGUGACGAAAAUAUGGGGCCAUGAUAAUAUUGUUGGGGGUGCCAAUCUUGGCGAUCUUCAUAAUGAUAAUCUCAGAUCGGUUUUGUGUGAUUUUUAUGUUCCUGGAACAAAGAAUGGAGAUGAAAACGAUGUAGAGACGCUUGCCUAUGAAUUACAAUAUAAUCAACCAAAUGAUGUUGCUAGUGAGCCCAUUGUGAUCAAGGGGACACUUUCGUUGGAGCUUGCAGAAGAUGAAACACUUAUCAACACGAUUGAUCCUCGCGUGAAGACCAUCUAUGCAAUACAGAUGGCUGCCGAUAUGGAUUCAAAAAUUGCCGAACUAGUCAAGCAACGUAAAUCACAAGAUGCUAUUGAUCUGGUAAUACAGCAAAUUGCCUUACUAAAAGAUGUUGAGGAUCUCGAUGACGAGAAAGGCAUGAUUCGAACAUUGAUUAGAAUGGCUGAAAAUAUGCACAAUAAAUUGAAAGAUGAAAGCAUUGACCGAGAACUCAUUUAUCAUGGUUGUCAUCAUCAAAGUUAUCUGAAGAGACAGGCUUCCUGUGAAUACAUGAAUCAUUAUGAUGAUUAG